CCGUACCGGGGCAGUACCGGGGCCGGACCGGGACCACACCGGGACCACACCGGGGCCGCUCCGGGGCCGCUCCGGGGCCACCAUGGCCUCGAUCGGCAGCUUCUUCCGACGGAGCCUGCGACGCUCCGGCCGCAGAGCUGCAGAAGGCAAAGAGGAGGCUCGUGCUGCAGAGAACAGCCCCUCAGGGCUGCCCCAGGGCAAGGCUGCAGAGAGGAGCUCCAUCCUCUACUCUGCUGGACAGUUCUUCUUCGAGUACCUGGUGGUGGUGUCACUGAAGAAGAUGUCAGAUGGCCAUUAUGAACCCAAGAUAACCUACCAGUUCCCAAAGCGUGAGAACUUGCUGAAGGGGCAGAAGGAGGAGGAGGAACGUCUCCUUCAGGCCAUCCCCCUCUUCUGCUUCCCUGACGGCAAUAACUGGGCCCCUGUCACCGACUUCACCAGUGAAACCUUCUCCUUCGUCCUGACCAACGUGGAUGGCAGCAGGAAGAUCGGCUACUGCAGGCGGCUGCUGCCCUCUGGCCGUGGUGUCCGUGUGCCCGAGGUCUUCUGCAUCAUCAGCUGCCUGGGCUGCUUCGGGCUCUUCUCCAAGAUCCUGGAUGAGGUGGAGAAGAGGCGUCAGAUCUCCAUGGCAGUGAUUUACCCCUUCAUGCAGGGUCUGCGGGAGUCGCCCUUCCCAGCGCCGGGCAAAAGCGUCACCAUCAAAAGCUUCAUCCCUGAGUCAGGCACUGAGCUCAUCGAGCUCACCAGGCCCGUGGAUGCUCGUCUGGAGCACGUGGAGUUUCAGGCUCUGCUGCAGAGGCUCAGCCCCCACCUCAUCCUGCACAUCUUUGCUUCUGCUGUGCUGGAGAGACGGCUCAUCUUCCUGGCAGAGGAGCUGAGUGUCCUGUCCCAGUGCAUCCAUGCCGUGGCUGCUCUCCUCUACCCCUUCACCUGGGCUCACACCUACAUCCCCGUGGUCCCUGAGUGUCUGCUGGACACUGUGUGCUGCCCCACACCCUUCAUGGUUGGCAUCCAGAUGAGGCACCUGGAGCGGGUUCUGGAGCAGCCCAUGGAGGAGGCUCUGAUAGUUGACCUCUGUGAAGGGAAGAUCCUCAGGGCGGUUGGUGAUGAGGAGGAGAUCUUGCCCAUCAAGCUGCAGAACGAGAUGCUGACGUCUCUGGACAGACACAACAACAACAACAACGUGCACACGUCCGAGCAGGUCAACGCGCUCGUCUCCGAGGCCUUUGUGCAGUUCUUUGUCAGAAUGGUUGGCCACUAUGCCUCACACAUCAAAUGGAGCAGGAAUGGCUCAGGCACCUUCCAGGAGAGAGCUUUCUACAAAGCCAUCACCUCCAAAACCAACCGCAGGUUCCUCAAGAAGUUUGUGAAGACCAACAUGUUCUCCCUGUUCAUCGAGGAGGCAGAAAGGAGCAGGAUCCCACAGGAAGCAUAUUUCCAGCAGAAAAUAACAGAGUACCAGGAACAGAAGAAGCACCGAAGGGACUCCUGAAGUCCAGCCUGGGAACAGAGGAGCAGGGCUGGGUCCCUGCCAGCAGCAUCCCACUGCACAGACUCAAUGCACAUGCCCCAUCCAAGGGCAGAGCAGCCAGCAGUGCUACCCAUCUGACUCACGAGGUGCAGGGGCAGCACCCAGCACCAGUUCUACCCUUGCUUUUUUUCCUCAGGGCAUCAUGGCACUGGAAAACUCUUUUGCACAGAGUUAGCAAGCAGGAUGGGGUUUCUUUUAUCCAAUCUUGCUAGCAACAGGGACAAGCUGUGAAUGCCAGUGCCCAGCUCAGUGAAAGCCCCAUCAGGACCUUCCCCCAGCGAGGGAGGGACGUUGGGGAGCCGUCUGCAGGACAACAAAGGCUGGGGAGUAAUUGUUAGAGGGGAGAAAAACCACAAAAGGAUGUUUAGGAAAUAGUGUUCUUUCUAAUUAAAGCAAACUUGGGUUUUGCAAAUAAGUAACAUCCUAUGGAAGAAGGUUGCAGGGCUUCUGUUUUCUGUCAGGAUUUGCUCAUUGUCAGGUCCCAGCAGGAGCAGCCACGGUGGGUUCUGGCAGUUUCCUGAGCAAUGACCAUCUGCUUCACUGGUACCACUCAGAGCUGUUUCAAGCAGCAAAAAAGACUUCUGGUUUGUUUCCCACCAGGUUAUUUAUUUGUGCUGUACACAAACUGUGAAGGCCACAGGGCCAGGGGUUGUGGCAGAGAACCAGCUUUUGGGGAGGGAAGAAGCGUUUUGUUAUAUCCAGUAGUAAAACAUGGCAACAUGCUCCUUGUUUCUGCUUU